AUGGAGGGCUCGCACGCUACCACAACCGAGGCCACCGGGGCCGAGGGGCUUCAGAACAAGACCGCACAUCAAGACCGAGCCGAAGAGCUUGGUUGGGAUUUCAACGCCAUCGAUCGCAGCCCAGAAGAGCUCUGCGGUAUCAUUCUGGAUCUUUUGGAGCAAAACCACGUGUGCGAAGUCCUGCAAAUUUCCCGCGAGGAGCUUGAGGGCUUCAUCGGCCGUGUCAUCCCCCGCUACAACACGACCACCUUUCACAACAUUUGCCAUGCCACAACAGUGCUUCACUCAGCCGUUAUGUUGGCCAAGCACCUUGACAUCAGCUCUGUGAACCGCCUGCAACACGUGGGCAUGGUCCUCUCCGCCAUCCUUCACGAUAUUGGCCAUGAAGGCCUGACCAAUAAUUUUCACAUCAACUCCAAGUCCCCCCUUGCCGUCAAGUAUGAGAACCAGAGCGUCUUGGAAAACCUCCAUGCCGAGCUGGGCACAGAACUGCUUCUUGAGGAACCCAGCUUGCUGCGCAACCUCGACCCAGACGAGCGCGACGAAGUGCUGGCCACGCUUCACACCUGCAUUCUGGGCACUGACAUGGCCUUUCACAAAGCCCAGAUGGACAUGCUCAAGGAUCUGGGUGCUGGUAAAAUUUACGAGGGUGAGGAACCUUACGAACGGGCCAUCCUCAAGGCAAUUAUUCACACCGCAGACCUCUAUAACGUCACCAAAACAUUUGAGGUAUCCAAGGCAUGGGCUACGCGCCUCCAGUGUGAGUUCAACGCCCAGGUAGCCAUUGAAAAGAAGCUUGAGCUUCCCUCCUUGCCCUUUAUGGAGAGCUCAGGCCUCGUCGCUUUGGCCAAGGGUGAGAUCGGGUUUAUUACCUUUGUCACAAAACCUUGGUACGAAGCCCUGGCUCAAGCCUUUCCGGAAGUCAACAAAUUGCCCCUCCUCGACAACAUGAGUACGUAG